AGCAGAAGAGCCAGCGAGAAAGAAGAUUCACUACGCAAAUAUGAGGCUUGUUGUUUGAGACACAUGCUGCGGUGUUAUAAGUAGAACAGAUCUUCAAACGCACAUCAAAAAUCCAAUAUGAUCGUUCUGCCAGGUUAAUUUUUUACUUGCCUGGGUCAAUGCUCAGUACUAUUCGACGAUGCUAGUACUAGGAGAUACUGCAGCUCCCCGGGAACGAAAUUGCUGGCGACUUCAUACCAGCGACUGUCUAGGUGCGGCCUAGAUAAAACGAAGCCAGGGCAAUUAUCUUUGCUUCGUCACACAAUGCUUAGAAGCGCGACGCAACCGGAUCUGGACAAGGACGUCCAUUUACGGAAAGUCGAGGCGGGACGAAAAGAAAUCCAAGAUGAAAUUGAGAAGGUAGAAGUUCUCAGGAGAUUGCUACGUGGAACUAGUGUUGAAAAUUCUACUUCCAGGAAUUGAGUGAUCGUGCAACCGCAAUCAUGUCUCUAGAUUUAUAGAUACAUAGUAUUUGUUUCUAUGUUCUUAUUCCGUAAUAUGUUUGGCAUCUCUAAAACUUUUGUUAAGGUUUAUGUCUUCACCUUGACCCGAUCGCUUUGUUUUAGAUAUCAAGCGCUGCAUAUCGGGUAAAGUGGCGGAUACAGCAGCGACGAGC